GGGGCAUUAAAUCUUGACAGAAUCGGUGGUCUGGGGAUACGAGGAGGGCGUGGGAGGCAACAGAGCUCGUUCAAAGAACACCAAGAGCUGCAAUACGAAGGGGCAAGUAAGAGAAUCGAACCGAUUCAUAAUGUCGGCGUCACAAUAUGGAGGUGGUUUUUGAUACGCCACAGCGAGAGAUACUCUCUGUUUUAACCGAUGCAGCCAGUAUGCAUCCCUAUCAAUUGGAUUUCGAUCGUGGCGGAGCCAGCCCGGAGGCGUAUAGUGGUUUACACAGUACACUUCAAGAUGCUCUUAUCUUUGUAUGAAUGCGGGGAGAGAAAGUGAGAUCAACCCUCUCCAGACAAUGAAGGUACUGACCGAUGAUAACCUGUAUACUCCGUAGGGCAAUCUCACUUCCUCCUCGCAGCUGUCAUGAGGAAAUUACCGUUUAUACUAAGUCCUCCGUAGAUCCUUUGUUUCGUUCUAAGCGAACCCUGCCAAAGGCUUGCUAAUCCCUGUCGAAAACACUGCAAGCUUGCAUAUGCCGUUCUCACUUGACCAAGAGCCCAUGUAUGCACCACCACCAAUAAACGAGGUGUUCCUCCCCCCUGGGUUUUUGCAGCUGCAUGCAAUAUAAGGACGGCGCCUUACGUCUCAUCUUGCCCCCAUUGAGUUGAUGGUCCACGCCUGUUUAGGCAAUCGGUCGGUAUGACUGAUCCAUAAGACCUCCCCAAUACGAAGAAGAGCCACGCCAACGAUGGACUUGAACACGCCAGAGAAUUCUCCGAGAGUGAGAAGGUGCUUGCGAUGCUCGCUGAAUAUUCCCUCGUUGAAUGUCCCAAUAUAGUGGACGCACACGGCAAGAAGCGGCUCUUCC